AUGGCCGAUCACGAUAAGCCCCCCGCGUACGGCGGCCCUCCCCCCCAGCAACCCCAACAAUCAUACCAGGGCUACGGGUCGCCUCCUCCUCCCGGCGGCCCCGGAGGCUACGGCCCUCCUCCCCCGGGCCCUUACUACUCUCCCGGCCCGGAGAUGGGAUACGGCCCCCAGGGCGGCCCCUACCCGCCCCCCGGCCAGUACCCUCCGGGACAAUACCCUCCCCAGGGGUACUACGGCCCGCCGGGCGGCCCGCAGGGCCCCUACCCGCCGCAGGGCGGCUACUACCAGGACAACCGCGGUGGCGGUGGCGGAAGCGGCAUCAUGGCCGGUCUUCUCGGUGCGCUCGCGUGCUGCUGCUGUCUUGACUGCUUGUUCUAA